AUGUGUGGAAUUUUGGGAUUGAUCCUUGGCGACAUUGAAGAUCCGUCUUCCACAACAGCGGCGGCCGACCUUCACGAUGCCCUGUACUAUCUCCAACAUAGAGGACAAGAUGCUUGCGGCAUAGCAACCUGCGCAUCCGGUGGACGCAUCUACCAGUGCAAGGGAAAUGGCAUGGCCGCCAAGGUCUUCCAUGACGGCUCCCGCGUCCAAGAUCUCCCGGGUUUCAUGGGACUCGGACAUCUGCGAUACCCAACGGCUGGCAGCAGCGCCAGCGCGGAAGCACAGCCAUUCUACGUCAACAGCCCUUACGGUAUUACGCUCGCACACAACGGAAACCUCAUCAAUGCCGAGGAUCUCCGAAAGUUCUUGGAUAUCGAGGCUCACCGUCACAUCAACACCGAGAGUGACAGCGAGUUGAUGCUUAACAUCUUCGCCAACGAGCUCAACGAGACUGGAAAGGCUCGUGUCAACGAGGAAGAUAUUUUCUCGGCGUUGACGAGGAUGUACAAGAGGUGCGUCGGAGGAUGGGCCUGCACUGCCAUGUUGGCUGGCUUUGGAAUCCUCGGGUUCCGUGAUCCUUACGGCAUUCGCCCGCUUGUCCUUGGGUCCAGGUCUUCUGGCACUCUAAAGGGAGCUACCGAUUACAUGAUGGCAUCUGAGUCUGUCGCUCUUCGCCAGUUGGGAUUCACCAACAUCGUUGACAUUCUUCCCGGCCAGGCCGUUAUCCUGAGAAAGGGUUCUGAGCCAGUGUUCCGCCAGGUAGUACCGCAACUUGCUUACUCCCCCGACAUCUUUGAGUUUGUCUACUUUGCUCGCCCAGAUACUAUUAUCGAUGGUAUCAGCGUUCAAAGGAGUCGGGUCAACAUGGGUUACAAGCUUGCCGAUACCAUCGUCAAGACACUCGGCGCGGAGGCUAUCAAAGAUAUCGACGUCGUCAUUCCAAUUCCGGAAACUUCGAAUACCGCUGCGGCUGCUCUUGCUGAGAAGCUCAAGUUGCCGUAUUCCCAAGGUUUCGUCAAGAACAGAUACGUGUUCCGCACCUUCAUCAUGCCUGGCCAGGGCAACCGCCAGAAGAGCGUUCGGAGGAAACUCAGCGCUAUGGAGUCCGAGUUCCGUGGACGCAACGUCCUGCUCGUUGAUGACAGUAUAGUCCGCGGUACCACAUCUCGGGAGAUUGUCAGCAUGGCAAGGGAAGCUGGUGCGCGCAAAGUCAUCUUCGCAAGUUGUUCGCCUCCUAUCACCCAUGCCCACAUCUACGGUAUCGACUUGGCUUCUCCAUUGGAGCUUAUCGCCCACAACCGCGACAGGCACGCCAUCGCCAAGCACAUCGGCGCCGAGGAGGUCAUCUUCCAGACACUAGACGACCUGACGGCUUCGUGUGCAGAGUUAUCUCCCCGCGAUCCUGCUACUCAAGAAUUUGAAGUCGGUGUGUUCUGUGGUAAAUACGCAACCCCGGUUACGGAUGGCUACUUUGAGCAUCUUGAGAAGCUUCGCGGUGAGAGCCGUAAGAUGAAGGUGCUUGAGGCUGCGAAGGAUAAUGUCUUGAACGGCAUCGCUGAUGAGGAGGACAUCAACGUGAUCACCCAGGGGAUCGCUGUGGCAUCAAAGAGUGAAGUUAUCCCGGAUGCGCCUGAUACCAGCAAUGGUGCCGUACAUGAUUAUGAGGAGGCUGGCCAUGCUCGCCGUAAGAAGGAGAGAGAAGAUACUGCUGGUGGUACUGCCACACCUGUGAGGGAUCGUGUUGAUAUCAGUCUACAUAAUUUCGCCAAUGAGCCUAGAUCUGGUUAUGAAUAA